AUGGCUUUAACGGGCGGCGCCAUCAUGGAAGGGAUGGAUGCCCUGCAGGAAGCAGAACACCUGGAAAUGUCCAUCUUCCAAACCGAACCGGGCGCGGCGUGGGCUGCGAUGGGGUAUGCGCGGGCCACGGGCAAAGUCGGCGUGUGUGUGGUGACGUCGGGACCGGCCGCAACCAACACCAUUACAGCCAUCGCGGACGCUUACCGUGACAACGUGCCCUUGGUGGUUGUGACGGGUCAGGUGCCAACGUUUGCCCGUAACACCGAUGCCUUUCAAGAAACAGACAUCACCGGAAUUGUCGCGCCAACCGUAAAGAAAGUGUAUUACGUGAGCUGUCCCGAAGAGAUGCCUGACGUGGUCCGUGAAGCAUUUCACCUUGCCCGAGAUGGUCGGCCGGGGCCAGUGCUGAUCGAUCUCACAAAAGAUGCCCAACAGUCGCUGGUCGAUCUUGAUGCGUAUCGCGCGGACCUGGAGCCGAUCAAUUCAGCCAUCUCAGAUAAAACGUUUGAUGAAACCCUGAACGCUGAAUUGGACGAGGUGAUAGCCCAUCUCAACGCCGCGGAACGGCCUGUCGUAAUCGCGGGCUACGGUUUGGUGCUGGCCAGUGCUGAGCGCGAACUGGAGCAAUUCCUGGAAGCCGUGCCAAGCCCGGUGGUCUACACGAUUCCAGGCAAGCCCGCGAUUGCCACAUCGCAUCCAUGCAACUACGGAUUGCUUGGCAUGCACGGAUUCUACGUCGCCAACUGGAUCGUGCACCAUGCCGACCUCGUCGUUUCGCUGGGUUCGCGCUACGACGACCGUAUCACGGGGGACACAGCCCGGUUCGCGCCACAGGCCAAGCACCUGAUCCAUUUCGACAUUGACCCGGAACAAAUUCGCAAGGUGCUGCCCGAACGGAAACUCGGAAUCGUCGGCAACCUGAAGGAGACAUUGGGCGCGUUGAGGCGCCGGCUUACGGGCACAAUCGAUUAUCUCGAUUGGCGUCAGGCCAUUGCGGAAGUUGAGAAGGAAUACCCCUCAACCUACACCCGCCGCCCGGAGUUGCUGCAAACGCAGCACGUCAUGCAGCAACUCAAUGAGGCCGUGGAACAACGUGUUGCUGCCGACCCGUGCCGGGUCAUCUAUACCACGGAGGUCGGCGACCACCAGAUGUGGGCUGGGCAAUAUCUGGCCAUGCAGCCAGGCUGGCAAUUCAUGACUUCCGGCGGCCAGGGUGCAAUGGGUUCCGGAUUACCCAUGGCCAUUGGAGCGCAAAUGGCGGAGCCUGAUGCCCUUGUCAUCUGUCUGGCUGGCGACGGUAGCUUGCGUUUCUCCGAAGCUGAGCUGGAAACCAUUUGGGAAGAAAAUCUCGCCGUAAAGGUCCUGGUGCUCAACAACGACGGCUACGGCAUUGUGCGAAUGUGGAAUCACCGCUUCUAUCAGGGGCGGGAGACGGGUGUCGUCAAACGCGGCAAAAAUUGGACCUUGCUGGCCCAGGGAAAUGGCUUUGAUGCCGACUUCGUGGACCGCGUCUGCAAGCCGCAAGACGUGAAACCCGCUCUGCAACGCGCGCUCUCCCACCGCGGGCCGCAUUUCAUCGAGUUUGUAACGCCUUACGAGGAAUGCCUGCCCCUGAUGCCGCCAGGUCAAUCGUUUGAGGAAAUGAUUGUCUGA